AGGCCAUGGGAUGUCUGGGUGGAAUGGAGAUUGAUUGCAUAGUCACCCAUUGUAUUGGCAGUGAUGGAUUGUGGCCAUUGUGCACCCUGAUGACUCCUUGGCCAUUUCGGUGUUGUUUAAAUGGGGUAGGCUGGUAGUAAAGCAACCAACAGGCCACAUGCAUAGGCAGAGUGUAGGAAAGAAGAAAGUGUCUCCAUUCCCAGAAAUGUCCUCUCAGAUAAGUUGAAACUUGACCAGCACAAGAGUGGAUCUGGAAGCCUUUCAUGGCUCCCCACGAUUCCUUAUAGUGGGAGUCACUAUUCUACCAGGGUUGUCCUGCUAAGAGUAAGCAACUUCAGGAGGUGGUUUGGGCUCUCAAGAAAAUAUGGCAAUUAUAAUUAUUUGAAAUUCAUUUUCAUUUUUACUAACUUAGCUAUCAAAUGUACUUGACUACCAGUGGGCCUGACACACCUUGACAACGGGAAUGGGUUGUCCUGUGCUGUUCUGCCUCAGGUGGCCAAAAUGUCCCUGUGGAGCCCUGUUAUCUGCUCACAAAGUGCCUCCGAAUUUGAAUCCUUUCCAUGUUUGUGUCUUCCAGCAGGGCAAAGUGAGGCAACCUCUGGGGGCCCUGCGCAGCCCCCCGGUUGGGUGUGGGGGGCUAAACUUGGGCCCCCGAAGUGAGAUCCCUGGCUGUGCUGACUGUGGGGGAGUCAUGGGGGGUGCCGGCCCCCACGUUCAUGAUUGGGGAUCCGAACGGAUAGAACCCUGUGGCAUCAGCUGCAGUACCCGGCAAAGUCCUCAGGUGACUUGUGAGGCUCGUAUCCCUGCAACAGAGACUACUCCAGCUGCAGGAGUGAAUGUCGUUGUAGUGGUUGACGGAAACUGCAUCCUCCAGUAUACCCAUCGUCAGUCACCUUGCUCCUGCCUUUCGGAUGGGGAGCCUCUCUUGCCCCGGCGCCCUCCACCAACUUAUGGUGCUGUGCCCCCCAGCCCCACUCUCCCCCGUGGGCCGGCUUGCGGCCAAGAAGCUGGACCACCCCCGUCCCGCAGCAGGACCCGUGGACUCAGCGUCCGCUGUUGCACCAAAGCCUGCCUGGGCGAUGAAGAGGAACAUGCUGAACGGCACCUCCAUCGGGGGCCACCCUGCAGCCGUCUCACCCCAGUGCCCUUGCCCCGCAGCCCCUCUGGGCCGUGGUUUGGAGUGGGAUCUCUCAGUGGGGGCAGGCCAGGCGCUCGGGUGGUGAAGAUCUGGGACCAGCAGCGAUGCCCUUUGUUGGAGGAAGGGGAUGUCAUCGCCAAAGUGAAUGGGGCGGAUGUGCGCGAUCUGAGCCCCGGCGAAGUGGAGAGUGUCUUGCAGGAGCAUACGCGAACGGGAGAUGUGAUCCUUCUGGUGGAGAGGAAAGGUCACCACUCCCGAAGACAUCCCCAGGAAAACUGUUCUUUCAGACGGGAACACCUCGUGCCUGAUUCCUCUUACAAUAAAGGAGUUCCACAAGAUGCUCCUAACUCUUGGGGAGAUCCCCAAGGUGACACUUUAGCCGUGACCAGUUUUGUGGGCCCUGAACCCCGGGAUGUACUUGUCUGUCCUGCUCGUUGUUCCCAGAGGCUGAGGAGGCCCCGGCCAGCAGGAGGGGCUGGGGAGCCCAGAGGAAGCAUAGAUGGUCCCAAAGAAGAGCAAGGAGGCAGCCGUGGCAUCACCAUAGCAACGGAUGGUGGUGGUGCUGCUGGGAAAGCAGCCAGCUCUCUGUUGCCCCAUCAGGAGGAGGGCCCUUCUCAUCCAGAAGAUGGUGGGCUCUUAGCAAGGCUGUCUCAUACCGAUGUUGGGGGCAUCUUCCGGCAGGCAGGGAGCCGGGUGCGAAUGAGAGUGCGGAAUCGCAAGGAUAUAGGCAUUUCCAGCGAUUUGAACAUGGCUGAUAUUGAUGUGGGCGAAUGUCCCCGGAGCCCCACCUACCGCCUCCCUCAGCCCCAGGAGCCAGAUCAGUAUUCUGUGGAGCUGGUCCGAGGACCUCAUGGCUUCGGCUUUAGCCUGAGAGGAGGAAGUGAAUACAAUAUGGACAUCUACGUCUUGGCUCUCAUGGAGGGUGGACCAGCCGAGCAAUGUGGCAAGAUCCAGGUGAGCGACCAGCUGGUAGAGAUCAACGGGGAGCCGACGGCAGGAAUGACCCAUGCACAAGCUGUGGAGCACAUUCGCAACGGGGGUAGCCGGAUACGCCUGAUGCUGAAGAGGGGCAAUGGCUUUGUUCCCGACUAUGAUCGUGAGUAUAGCCGGAGCCCCACCAAGUUGCUGCAGGUUCCGGAGGCUGAGGACAAAGUCAGGCACCGGCAUCGGAGAUCCAACCCACCGGGGGGCCCCCAAUACCAGGGACAGAACCUCUGUGAUGGGGGCGGCCAGGAGCCCUCGCCUAGUGGCAGGCACCAGCAGCAGCACCAACAGCAGCAGCUCCCCAAAGCACGCCACUCUAGCCGGCUGCCCCAUGGAUCCACCAAGGUUCAGGGGGAGGAAGAAGAAGAGGGGGACGCGGGCUGGAGACCCCGGGAGCAAGGGAAGAACACAGAGGGCGGGGGUGAGAGCUGCAAGCUCCUUUCGCCCAGGCCAAACAGGAAAUUGCGCUCAGAUCUGGUCCCGGGUCCCUGGCUUGUACCCAGUAAGGAGCGCCUGUCCCGGGCUCUGUGGGGAGUCUGCAUGGGCCAGGGGGAGGAGGAGGAGCAGAAGGGCGACCCAGGGAGAGGGAAGGGCUUGGAGGUAAAGAGGCGGAGCUAGAACCACCUCCGUGCAGCCACAUUGGGAACAUCUCAGUGCCUGGGGCAAUGGCACUGUCCACCCCCAUCUGGACUAUGCAGUAUCAUUUCCCCCUGCCAUUCAUACUAUGCAAUGGGAACUUUCAUUUUGCUGUUCCCUAUCCAUGGCUCACAUCCAUACUAUGCAAACUGUACUUUUCACACUCACCUCCCCCUGUCUACUUGUGGCCACCCUCUUUGGAAUUGUGCAAUAGAGCCGUCCAUUCUGCUGCUGCUGUCCUCCCCCACCCUCAGCACCCAAUUUGUGAGAAAUUUCAUCAGACGCCUCUCCAGUAAGAAGAUGGGUAAAAUGACAAGUCCGCUUACCUCAAAACACAGCUUGAUCCUUGUUGUCCAUCUUCCUCUACAAGGCAAGGCUGCAGGAGAUGAGUGGCAGGGGAGGGAUGUGCUAGGCUUCGUUCUUGAUUUUAUCAAGGCCAGGGUGAGAUUCAGUAGGUCUGGCCGGCCCGCCGUUGACACCCACGGAGAGGGUUCCCUUUCACACGCCCAGCAUGCUCUCUAACCUACAGGAAUUCCCUGGGAAGUUUUUGUCAACACUUCAAUCAAUGCAGAAAGAGCUCCCUGAAGUUGUGCAGUUUGAAGAGGAUCACUCUGUGGAUCUCUCUAGUUCUAAAGAACUCGCUGAAUGCCAGUGUGCUGUAGCGGUUAGCUAAGUCUGGGAAGGCCCGGGUUCAAAUCCCUACUCAGCCAUGCGGCCUAGUGGGUGAAAUUGGACCAGGCACCUUUUCUCAAACAAACCUACCUCAGGGAAUUGUUGCAAGAAUAAUGAGAUGGGGUUAAAGAAUGGUACAUAUGGCCAGGAGCUCCUUGGAGGAAAGAUGAGAUUGGAAAAUGUAAAAUAUAAAUAAACCAACUCUUUCCACAUUGACUCAUUUACUGAAUAGAUCUCCUCAGCUUCUCCUCAAGGACCUCUCCAUGUUGCAGAAGAUUCUGGGGAUAUAUCCUAGGGAAGGGAUGAGGUAAUGUGUGGCCCUCCAAUGGGACUACAGUGCCCAUCAUCCCUUACCAUUCCCCACACCAUCUAGGUGUCCCUCCCAAACCGCUUCUAAACAUCCGCCCGGCAGACCUGCUCAUCCUCUUCCUUCACCAUGGACCUUGCCUCUCCACGAGUGCCUCAAGCCAUUCCACGGAACUAUACACACAGGCUGGUCUUCUCUCUCUCUCUUUCUCUCUCUAUUUAUUUCUUCUGCAGCUCCCCAGAAUACAAGAGUCUUCUCUGCUUUGCUAGUGCCAACCACACAUGCAUGAAUGCUGUCAUGUGCAGUGACAUAGGCUUGGCAUGCCAUAUGGGACACAUAUGGUUCAAAAGAGCCAUGUGUUUUUGUGCCAUGUGCACCCAGACAUGCCAACCUAGGUCAUGAAAAUGGAUAAACUACACAGAUACUUUGUAUUCAUAACAAAAAAUACAGCUUGUUCUUGGCCGGCAGGCAGGGCAUUAAGCUUUUCCCAGCCCCUCACGGGCACAGCAUGCUCUUAGUAAUGAGCACAGUUGGGCCUACCUUACCCCUUCAGUGCUGAAAAUAGCCCAUGAGGCAUUAUUGUUUGCAAGGAAUUAUGGGAGAAGGAAAUGAGCACCCCAACAACUUUUCUUGAGCAGGCGGUGCAUGUAAUAAACAUAAGAGAAAGUUACUCUUUGAUUUUCUUGCUACUACGGAAAGAAAGAAAAAGGUUGCUUCAUGUCCUACCUACUGCUUUGCUUCUCAGUUAUUUCCCUGAAGUAUCUGUGCAGACACUUCACAGCAUAUGCAGGGCUGUGGAUCAACCCUGGGGCAAUACAGGCAAAAGUUGUGCCUUGUUCCCUCACUUUUGGUCUGAGUUUUCAGCAGGGGGUAGGUAGGUGGGUGGGGAGAAUCCUAAGUAUUGUAUGCUUUGUGCAAACAUUAACUGAUAUGAAAUGUGCAUGUGUUCACGGGAUGCAUUUCGAUGAACACUUCGGCAGAGCUUGUGCUUUACACAGUUUGCAGGGGGUCACGUCCAUUGGUCCAUAUAAGAGAAACCCAUGGGGAGAUGCAUGCCAAAGACCAUGUCAUGUUUACGUAAGAUGCUGAGUCCAAUAGCAUUCAGAAGGCCUGGUAUUUAGCCAGCCUGCUUGCAGUGCACUGCACCAAGCCCCUCCAAAGCUAGCUACCAUGCAUUACUGCCACCCAGUCUAAAUGCGCAAAGGGGUUCUGAGUUGCAAAUCUGCCUCGUAUCCAACUGCCUCUUCUCCAGCACAUUUAUAGAGGCUGGCCAUUUCAGAGAUGAGGGGAAAGACUCUGCACAUGCUCAGAGGCCCCCUGUAACCCACUCACAUUUCCAGGUAGCGCACGGCAUGGGAUUUGGAUGCUCCACAGCCCACUGUAGAUGAGCCCCACUGGAAAUUAAGUACAGUACUGAUGUUGGUCCUUCUACUUCUACUGUUGGGUCUUCUGUUGUUCUAGAUGGGGAAAUGACCUGCUGUAGGGUUAGCCUAACACAACAGGGAGAAGGUCUCCUGUAUUUGGAAUAACUUGACAGGUGCCACUUGGGGCCUUUUAAGGAGAUGAAAAUACAGUGGCAUGAGAAAUUGCUUUAGACUUGCCCGGCAGUGCAGUUAACGGAAAUUAUUUUUUAAGUAAAU